CACGUCAACUCCGAGCUCGGCAGGAAGUGCAUCUUGUGUCUAGCUGGAAUAUGAAGAGAAGAAGCUGUUUUACACCGAGCUACCGGGACAGCAAACGAAGCGUUUAACGAGAAAAAAAUUGAAGAUGGACUGUUAUCAAAGAGGACGAGCAUGGGGGAAGCUCGUCAAAGUGGACUCCAGUGACACUGUCCUGCUUUUCAACAGGGAAUGCACGGUGGGCAGGAAAAAAGGAUGUUAUCUGUCCUUCCCAGCCAACAAACUGGUCUCAGGGGAGCACUGCAAGAUUGUGCAAGAUGAAAGCUCUGGGCUGGUUUGGCUUGAAGACACAAGCACUAAUGGUACAGUGAUCAACAUGUCCAAACUGGUGAAGAAGCAAACUCACAUGCUACAGACCGGCGAUGUCAUCUACUUUGUCUACAGGAAAAGUGAGCCAGAACAAAACAUUGCCUACGUUUACCACUCAAUCCAAAUGGAGCAUGCUAAUUCAGAACAUAGUUAUGACAUGGAGGGGUCAGCCCACAGUCCUGCCCCUGUUCCACCUUCAGAGAUGUCGCUCUCUGUGGAGCCUGUAAUGCUCACCAAGGCUUCUGUGGAGGAUCCUCAGCCCUCCACCUCCUCUUCCCGCUUCUGCAUCGGGAGCCCGACCACGUCUGGUCCCGUGGCAACCACAGCCGGUCCUGCUUUGAACCUGGCUAAAGAUGCUGCCCCAGCACAUGAGAAAGACAUGGACAACAUGGAGCCAGAAAGCAAGAAGAGGAAGACUGAUGACAUGUUUACAGUUAAAGAUUAUGAUUUGGACUCGCCAAAAACCUCCAGCACAGAAGCGGUGUGUUCAACUAAGGGAGGUCUUUCGUCUAAACUAACUGUGGAAGUGACUAAGACGGACAAGAUGGAGGAGAGCCUGACAUGUGUUAUUUGUCAAGACCUGCUGCAUGACUGUGUCAGCUUGCAGCCUUGCAUGCAUGUCUUCUGUGCCGCCUGCUACUCAGGCUGGAUGGAGCGCUCUUCUCUUUGCCCCACCUGCCGCUGCCCUGUGGAGAAGAUUCGUAAGAACCACAUCCUCAACAACUUGGUAGAGGCCUACCUCAUCCAGCACCCAGAAAAGUGCCGCAGUGAUGAGGACCUGAAGAGCAUGGAACGCCGUAACAAGAUAACUCAGGACAUGUUGCAGCCAAAGGUUGAGCGCUCUUUCUCAGAUGAGGAGGGCAGUUCAGAUUACCUCUUCGACCUUUCUGACAAUGACAGCGACUCCUCAGACAUUGGUCAGCCUAUGGUGAUGUGCCGGCAGUGUCCUGGCUACAGGAGGGAGGCCAGUCAGAUGCUGUUUGCUACAGGUUCCAACUACUGGCUCCCUUGUCUGCCAGCCCCACCUCCUAUACCUCCUCCACCCAAACCGGCAACUGAAGAGAGGCCUGCAACACCCACAGGGGAGCAGCCUUCAACAUCCUCUGCCAUCCCCCCAGCUUCUCAGGAGUACCGCUGCCUCCCUCAUGGCUGCCAUCUCAUCUGCACCUGCUGCCUCCAGCCAAUGCCAGACAGACGGGCCGAGUCCAACAGCGAGCAGGUUAUUGCUCAACGAUGUGCGCAGUGCCAGCGACCCUUCUGUCAUAUGUACUGGGGUUGCCAGAGGAUCGGCUGCCAAGGCUGUCUGGCUCGAUUCAGUGAGCUCAAUCUGACGGAUAAAUGCCUGGAUGGUGUGCUGAACAACAAUAACUAUGAAUCGGACAUCCUCCAGAACUACCUGUCUUCCAGAGGGAAGUCAUGGAGAGAUCUGCUCCAGGAGUCUUUGCAGUCCUUCCAGCAGGGAAACUACUAUCCGUCAGAUUGGCGUAUCUCUCCCAAUGCCAUCCUGUGCUUCUGUUGCGGCCUGCGAGCUUUCAAGGAGUUGGCCUACGAGUACAGACAGAACAUCCCUUCACCUGAACUGCCGGCUGCUGUAACAUCUCGUCCCAAUUGUUACUGGGGACGCAACUGUCGUACGCAGGUGAAGGCGCAUCAUGCAAUGAAAUUCAACCACAUAUGUGAGCAGACGCGUUUCAAGAGCUGAAGGAGCAGAGUGGUUUGUGUCUCCACCUAAGCGUCAAAUGAAGAUGACUGAGCAUCUCUUAAGUUUUGUUGUGUCCAUUGUAGCUAAAGGCCUUCCUAGAUGUUAUGCAAUAUUACAAUCAUUAUCAUUAUCCAUCUACAAUAGUGACCAGUGUCUUACUUGGGGCUGUGUGAAAUAAUGCUACGCACAAUAACCUAAAAGUUCAGUGUUUACUAAAGGUUUAAACUGAUUUAAACUGACAGUAAGAGCAUUUAACACCAGCCACCAUUACAAUUUAGAUGCAUUUGUCAGUGGCUCAUGCAUUUGCCUUGUUUACCUGGUAAACAGCAACCAAAUUUGAGAGUAAUUCAUGAGUUCUUUGAUAAGAAUACUUCCAUAUAUGUCCUCCCAGCCUAUAUGACAAAAAAAAUUCUCUGAUUUAAGAGCGAGUGAGGCAAUCUGUAUGGAUUAAGGCCAUUUAUGUACGCUUGCACAUGUUGGUGAGAUAGUUUUGUAUUUUGUCUCCUCCAGUCUUGGUAAUUUAGGCUUUAAAUACCUUGUGUACAUUAGCCUUUUUUAAUUGUGAUAUAUUUUAACAGUCUUAUUACAUGUUGAGUUAAGAAUUCAGGGCUUCCUACAUCAUGUUGAAUGACAGCAAUAGUGAUUCUAGUGCUACAGUUUCGGGACGAGACACACUUUGGACUACAUCAUAAAGUGUAAAAGUCUCACCUCUGAGGGACCUUUGUUGUUUUGCCAGUGCAUUACUGUGUUCCUAGACCAGGGCAAAAAGCCACGACAAAACCCUGCAUACAUACGAGGGUAGAUUUAUAAUCCCAUGCGAUAUUUGUAGAGGAUUGGGAAGGGGAUCAAUGUGUUGUGACGCUGGCAGAGGGCAUGGGGGCCUCUGUUGUAUGCUUUCCUCUGGAUAAUCAUCUCCAAGGUGAUUAAGUUGUAGAAGGGACGCUUUCUCUGAAUCUUACAGUAAGGGCUGAGCUGUAAUGAAAUGCACAGUUACUCCAUGCAGACUCUUGAGAGGAAACCGUAGGCUGCACUCCAGGCCACCAGUAAUGGUUAAAUAUACAGAAGGGGAUGUUUAGUAAAGUUUCCAGAUGCAAACUUUUUACAGAAUUAAUUAUAAUAAUAGUUUAGAAAGCCAUGCCCACACAACACAGCACUGUGUUCUGUAGUCAUUUGUGUUUCAUGUACCUUGUCAGGAUUUCGAUAGAGGUUUAUUGAGAUAGGAGACGUUUCUGUUUGGUUGGAUUUUCUCUGGCUCCUCAGGUACACUUAGCGGGCGUUUUUUUGUUUUGAUUGCAGGUUAACUAAUUUAGGUGGUUAGAAAAUUCAGUGUCAACAUGUCACUCAACAGUCAUGUUGUAUCUGAUGACUUUUCAUUUAUGACUGUCAUCACCCAAGUGUCAGUAAGUCCCCAUCAUGCAAACAUGCACAGCUAGUAUUGAUGUCCACUGUAAGAACAAAAUCUAAUAAAAAAUUAACAUUAGUUUCACUGUAUUGAAAUGAGGAUGAAGUAAUAACCGUGAAGAUUUUUUGCAGGAUCACUAUUGGUGUGUAGAAUGGGGGACUAUAACAUGUUAAACGCUGCCUUUUAGCUUAGGCCAUCAGUUGGUUUAGAUGAAUACGCACUAAAUGUGCGAUAUCUGCACAUGGCUUGUCAAACAUAAACAAAAUUUGUAAUUUUUUAUUUUUAAGUCUUCAAUCUUGAAGCGUUUUCAUCCAGUGUAUGGGAUGCCUCCGAUUCAUAAUAUAUGAUGUGUAAUAUUAAGAGUUUCAUUAAAAAAUUAGAUGUCCAUCAGGAAGAAAAAUGCAAUGGAAGAAUUUUUUUCUUUUUCUUUUAAAUGUAAAGGACAUCCUUGAUAGUUUAAUGCAAUUGUGCAUUUUUUGUUAUAGUAUUAGUAACACUAGCCAUGUAAAUAUGGAUGCAAUUUGUGUUUUUUUUUUAUUAUUAUUUUUUUAGAAUGUAGUUAUUCAUAUUUUGGAAAAAAUGGGAUUGUGAAUGUGCACUUUCCUCGCCUCUGCAAGUUAAGUGCAGUUCAUUUGUGGUGUUAGCAAGGUGUUAAAGUGUCUUAUUUUUUAAUUUUUCUACCCACUCCGUCAUGGUGAGUCCACACUGGCAUUCCUUAGCGGCUCAGGCCCUCAGCACAAGCCCUGUCGAUCCCCCGACAGAGUGGCUGGGUUUUAAUUAUUCCCUACCGGAGAUCUAGGCACCGUAAGCCAACAACAGUCCCAAGCCCCUCCAAUCAGGAAUUGGUAAUAACGAGGUUUUGGAGGAGUGCUCUGAAAUCUCCCUGGGUUGGGGUGUGGGAGGGCAUGUUGUAUACGGAUAUUUACUCACUUUUUGUGCAAAAGUCUGGACCAGGCUGCUCAGCAGUACGGAAGAGGCAGGUUUCAUUCUACCUCAUCACCACUCCCAGAAAUAUGGGAGACUGAACAGGCAUCAGUCACAUUCACAUCGGUUCAAAGCUGGGCACGCAUCUCAGUGUGAGGGAUGGCAGUCCUUACUGAUGAUGCCUGUAAACUUUGUAUGCAAUGCACUAUUUGAACAGUUAGUCUAGAGUACUUGAGUUCUAGUUUCAAUUGCUAUAGAGAAGCACUAGGCACAUUUAAAAAUGUUGUGAUGACUUGAGAAAUAUGUAUGAAAGUUUGAUAAAUGCCUCUUUACCCUUUUAUGUUGUAUUAGCAAUGCUAAAAUAUUUUUGAAAUACAGAUCAGAUUUGCUGAUUAGAUUAAAAGAUGGAUAUAUACGUCUGUAGAAAGUGACUUGCUUUUGCCCAGUACCCCGCCCAUAAAAAUGUGUCUUACUGUUACUUCUCUUGGAUUUGUGAGCGUCUGUGUAUCUCUAUGUAUGUCUUUGACACUAGAAGGUUGCUUUCAUUUUCAUCCACUGAUGGUGGAAAGUUUCUGUAUUCUGUAAGUUUAAAGGGAUACUUCAGUAUUUUCAGAAUAAUGCUUUGUAGUUUUUCACACAAAGACAUUUUUUUUUCAACACUAUUUUGCCAUGUUUUUGUGUGACUAAUGAGGUCAACAUUUUUUUUUUAAUUGAUCCAGUACUGAGCAAAAGUGCUGCAGAUGCAAAACAGACUGCAGCGUAAUCCUCCCGGGGAAUUGCUGAGUCAAUGUACGUCCACUAGAAGUUCUAGUUAUUGUGUCGGACAUUAUGGAAAGGACCCUACAGAGAAAUAAAACUUUUGUCUUAAA